AUGGCAACUCAAAUUCACUGGUUUUUACCAGUUUCAUCUAAGGUGAAUAUCAUCCAGCCAAUGCUGACAAAUCCAGUAAUAACACCUUCCAAUCCUGCUCACAAUGGCCGUGUGUGCAGCACAUGGGGCAACUUCCACUUCAAGACCUUUGAUGGAGACAUAUUCUCCUUCCCUGGGCUCUGUAAUUAUGUUUUUGCAUCCCAUUGCAACACUCCCUAUGAGGAUUUCAACAUCCAGAUUAGACGCAUAGUAGUGGAAAAUGUUCCAACAAUCAACCAUAUCACCAUGAAAAUUGAAGGUAUAGCUGUUGAACUAACAAAGGAUAUUGUCGUGAUCAACAGCAACAGAGUUCAACUGCCAUAUAGCCAAUCUGGAAUUACAAUAGAGAAAAGCAGCAUUUAUGUGAAAGUUGCCAGCAAAAUAGGUGUUGUGUUAAUGUGGAAUGAAGAUGACAGUAUCCUGCUGGAAUUGAAUGACAAAUAUGUCAAUCAGACCUGUGGACUUUGUGGGGACUUCAAUGGCUUUCCAAUUUACAAUGAGUUCUAUUCAAAUAAUAUUAAGAUGACAGCCUUGCAGUUUGGGAAUAUGCAGAAAAUGGAUGGGCCAACAGAACAUUGUGAAGACUCCACUUCCACCCUGCCAGAUAAUUGCACUGAUAAUUUUGAUGACAUAUGCCAGAAAACAUUGACCAGCCCUGCAUUUGCGGAGUGUAAUGACCUAGUUGAUGUUAGAGAGUACAUUAUGGCUUGCCAAGAUGACUUGUGCCACUCCAGAGAGUAUAAAAAUGCCUCAUGUAUCUGUGACACCUUUGCUGAAUACUCCCGACAGUGUGCUCAUGCUGGUGGGCAUCCUCUGAACUGGAGAACCUCAAAACUGUGCCCCAAGAAGUGUCCUUACAACAUGCAGUACCAGGAGUGCAGUUCCACCUGUGCUGACACAUGCACCAAUCCUGAACGAUCUCAGUUUUGUGAAGAACACUGUAUGGACGGUUGUUUCUGCCCCCCAGGGACUGUAUUUGAUGACAUCAACAAUUCUGGCUGCAUUCCCCGUCAGCAGUGUUCCUGUGUUUACAAUGGCAACACCUAUGCUACAGGAGCUUCUUUUUCAGAGCAGUGCCAUUCCUGUACUUGUGAUGGAGGCCAGUGGAGCUGCCAAGACAUGUCAUGCCCAGGAACAUGUUCAGUAGAGGGAGGUUCACACAUUUCCACAUAUGAUAAAAAACAUUACGAUCACCAUGGAGACUGCACUUAUGUCCUUUCUAAGCACUGUAAAGAUGAAGCAUUCACCAUCCUGAUAGAACUACGCAAAUGUGGCCUAACAGACACUGAGACGUGCUUAAAGACAGUGACCCUCAACAUGAAUAAAGGACAAACUCUCAUCGAGGUCAAACCUGAUGGUGGUGUGUUCGUCAACUCAAUCUACACCCAUCUGCCCAUCUCAGCAGCUAAUGUCAUUGUGUUCAGACCUUCAUCAUUCUUCAUCAUCAUGCAGACAAACUUUGGUGUCCACCUUGAAAUCCAAAUCACACCCAUCAUGCAAGUGUUUGUGAGGCUGGAUCCUAUUUUCAAAGACCAGACAUGUGGUCUCUGUGGAAAUUUCAAUGAUAUCCAAACUGAUGACUUCAAGGUCAUAAGUGGAAUAAUCGAAGGAACAGCAACAGCAUUUGCUAAUACUUGGAAAACUCAGGCUUCAUGCCCUAAUAUCCAGCAGAGUUUUGAGAACCCUUGUGCGCUCAGCAUUGAUAAUGAAAAAUAUGCUCAGCAUUGGUGUGGACUACUAACUGACAGCAAAGGACCUUUUGCUGAUUGUCAUUACGCAGUGAAUCCCUCCAUUCACCACACGAACUGCAUGUUUGACACAUGUAACUGUGAAAAUAGUGAGGACUGUCUGUGUGCAGCACUGUCUUCCUAUGUGAGAGCUUGUGCUGCAAAAGGAAUCCAGCUGCAUGGAUGGAGGACUGUUGUCUGCUCAAAAUACACCACCUCAUGUCCCAGAUCUCUAAGCUACAGCUAUAACAUCUCCUCUUGUCAACCCACCUGCCGGUCUCUGAGUGAGCCUGAUGUCACAUGCAACAUUAAGUUUGUCCCAGUUGAUGGCUGCACCUGUGUAAAUGGAACCUACAUGGAUGACAGUGGCAAAUGUGUGCCUGCUAAUGAAUGCCCCUGCUACCAUAGAGGAUCUCCCAUACCAUCUGGAGAAGUUGUCCAUGAAAAUGGGAUUGUAUGCACUUGCAUCCAGGGAAGACUGAAUUGCAUUGGAGUACCCAAUCCAACUCCAGCCUGUGAAUCUCCCAUGGUCUCCUUCGACUGUAGAAACAUCACGGCAGGAACAACUGGAGUUGAGUGUCAAAAAAGUUGCCAGACUCUGGAUAUGCAGUGUUAUAGCACGCAAUGUAUAUCUGGCUGCGGGUGCCCAGCUGGGCUUGUGUUAGAUGGGAAAGGUGGUUGUAUUGAAGAAGAGGAGUGUCCGUGUAUUCACAAUGAAGCCACGUAUCAGCCUGGGGAAAAAAUCAACGUUGACUGUAACACCUGUGUAUGCAAGAAUAGGAGGUGGGAAUGCACCAAAGAUCACUGUCCGGGCACUUGUGCUGUUUAUGGAGAUGGUCAUUAUAACACCUUUGAUGACAAAAGGUUCAGCUUCAAUGGAAACUGUGAAUACACACUAGUCCAGGACCACUGUGGGAAGAGUGGCACAGCCAAUGGGACCUUCAGGGUUAUCACUGAAAAUAUUCCCUGUGGCAACACUGGGACAACUUGUUCAAAAUCUAUCAAAGUUUUCUUAGAGAGCUAUGAACUGAUACUUGGUGAGGAGCAGGUCAGUGUCAUAAAGAGAGGACAGAAUGAUGAGGUGCCAUAUGCAGUCCGCUAUAUGGGUAUGUACUUGGUAAUUGAGACCACAAGCGGACUGAUCCUCAUGUGGGACAAGAAAACCAGCAUCUUCAUCAAGCUCAGCCCUGAUUUUAAGGGCCAGAUCUGUGGCCUCUGUGGAAAUUACGAUGGCAACGGCAUCAAUGACUUUACUACAAGGAGUCAGUCUGUGGUAGAGAAUGUCCUAGAGUUUGGAAACAGCUGGAAAGUAUCCUCUACAUGUCCUGAUGCUCACAGCAUAACAGACCCAUGUUCCACCAAUCCUUAUCGAAAGUCCUGGUCAGAGAAGCAGUGUAGCAUCAUCAACAGCAAUGUCUUUGCUGCCUGUCACUCUCAGGUUGAACCAGCAAAAUAUUACCAAGCAUGUGUGACAGAUGCUUGUGCAUGUGACACUGGAGGAGACUGUGAUUGCUUUUGUACAGCAGUAGCCGCCUAUGCUCAAGCAUGUAGUGAAGUUGGUGUCUGCAUAACCUGGAGAACCCCAUCAAUCUGUCCAUUGUUCUGUGAUUAUUACAACCAACAAGGGGAAUGUGAAUGGCACUAUAAGCCUUGUGGAGCCUCCUGUAUGAAGACCUGUAGGAACCCAAGUGGAAAAUGCCUCCAUAACUUGCCAGGUUUAGAAGGCUGCUACCCUAACUGCCCACCAGACAAGCCAUAUUUUCAUGAGGAUCAGAUGAAGUGUGUUAGUCUCUGUGACUGUUAUGAUAAUGAAGAUGGAAAGAUAUAUAGACGGGAUGAAUGUCAUUUAUGUGAAUGCACAUCAGAAGGUUUACAGUGCAAGUAUGAUGAUAAAGCAUGCCACUGCAUUUAUGAAGGAAACAGCUAUAAAUAUGGUGAACUCAUCUACAACACCACAGAUGGAACUGGAUGGUGUUUCAGUGCAACAUGCGAUGUCAAUGGAACAAUAGACAGAAAUAUCUUUAAAUGUGUCUUACUUACAACAACCCCAUUUACAUUUACUGUAAGUCAGCCCACAACUACUGCUUCAGAAAUGACAACGGCAACACCAGUGACAACUGUAUGUGUGAAGAAUGUAUGUGAAUGGUCCGAAUGGUACGAUUCCAGACAGCCUGAAAAAGGAGAGAACAGUGGAGAUUACGAAACAUUUGAAAAUCUCAGAGAUAAAGGACACAGUGUGUGUCAAAAGCCAAACAGUGUUCAAUGCAGAGCCAAAGAACACCCAGAUACAGAAAUAGACAAUCUUAACCAAACGGUAGAAUGUAGUGAAAGAAGAGGAUUAAUAUGUAAUAACAAAGACCAACAAUCUAAACACUGCUAUAAUUAUGAAAUCAGAAUCUCAUGCUGCAGCUACAUACCAUGUUCAGAAAUACAAACUACAACAUCAAGAAAUAUAGGACAAUUCACAACAACUACUGCUGUAAAAUCAACACCAUUUACAACAGAGACGAAGACAAAACCAACAACACACAAAAAAGAAACUGAAGCACAAAAAACUGAAGUACCAAAUACGUCACCGAAACUUAGAGAAAGAACGACUCCUAUGGAUAAAACUUCAGCUACAGCAACGACUUCACAGCUCUCAACGACAGGUUACCAGACCGCAUCAACUCCAACACUAACCACCACUGUGGCAACCCAGAGCCCAACAUCAUCAACUACAGCCACCACCUUAACACAGCGAGAAACACCCACCACCGCUGGCACCACAGUUCUCCCAAGUACCACUGCCCCAACAACACAAGGCACGACUAUCAUCACGACCACCAGCAGGGCCACCACCACCACAACCUCUCCCUCUCCAACACAAGGCACGACCGUCAUCACGACCACUUCUGGGGCCAGCACCACCAAGACCUCUCCUCUGCCAAGACAAGGCACCACCGUUAUCACACCCACACCUACAGGGCCCACCUCAGCAGCCACCAGUACCAGCACCUCCAGGACCACCACCACAGCAAGCACCACAACGUCCACAGCCACGUCUGCUCCAGCAGAAACCUCCACUGUGGCCACCCAGGCCCCAAUAUCACCCACUAAUCCCGUCACCCUCCCUCAGCAAAAAACAACCACCAACGCUGGCACCACGGUUCUCCCAGGUACCACUGCCCCAACAACACAAGGCACCACUGUCCUCAUGACCACUUCCGGGGCCACCACCACCACCAAGACCUCUCCCCCACCCAAACAAGGCACCACCGCAAUCACACCCACACCAAGAGCAGUCACCUCAGCAGCCACCACCACCGCAAGCACCACCAGCACCACAGGCAGCUGCCAGCCCCGCUGUGCCUGGACGCAGUGGUUUAACUUGGAUUCGCCGAGCCCUGGGAGCGAAAAUGGAGACAGAGAGACGUUUGAGAAAAUCCGCGGUGCUGGUUAUGCACUCUGCGACAAGCCAGAAGACAUCCAGUGCCGUGCUAAAAAUUACCCUCACAGGCAUCUGGACGACCUGGGACAGAAAUUGCAGUGCAGUCUUGACACUGGGCUUGUGUGCAGAAACAAGGAUCAGAUCAGAAAGUAUCCCAUGUGCUUUGACUACGAGGUCAAGGUGAAGUGCUGUGACCGUCAACACUGCCAGACAUCUUCAGCACCCACAAGCACUACUACAACCUCCGCCAGCACAGCCUCCACUGCAGAAACCUCCACCGUAGCAACCCAAACGACAGCACCAACUCACACCACCCUCCCACAGCGAGAGGGAACAAACACCGCUGGCACCACGGUUGUCCCAAGUACCACUGCCCCAACACCACAACAAGGCACGACUGUCAUCACUACCAAUACUGGGGCCAGCACCACCACAACAUCUCCCCCACCAAAACAAGGCACAACCAGCUUCAUACCCUCUCCAACAGGGCCCACCUCAGCAGCCACCAGUACCAGCACCUCCAGGACCACCACCACAGCAAGCACCACAACGUCCACAUCCACGUCUGCUCCAACAGAAACCUCCACUUUGGCCACACAGGCCCCAACAUCACCCACUACUCCCGUCACCCUCCCAAAGCGAGAGAGAACAACCACCGCUGGCACUACAGUUCUCCCAAGUACCACUGCCCCAACAACACAAGGCACGACCGUCAUCACGACCACUUCUGAAGCCACCACCACCACCACAACAUCUCCCUCUCCAACACAAGGCACGACCAUCAUCACGACCACUACUGGGGCCAGCACCACCAACACCUCUCCUCCGCCAAGACAAGGCACCACUGUUAUCACGCCCACACCUACAGGGCCCACCUCAGCAGCCACCAGUACCAGCACCUCCAGGACCACCACCGCGGCAAGCACCACAACGUCCACAUCCACGUCUGCUCCAACAGAAACCUCCACUGUGGCCACACAGGCCCCAACAUCACCCACUGCUCCCGUCACCCUCCCAAAGCGAGAGAGAACAACCACCGCUGGCACUACAGUUCUCCCAAGUACCACUGCCCCAACAACACAAGGCACGACCGUCAUCAUGACCACUUCUGGGGCCAGCACCACCAAGACCUCUCCUCUGCCAAGACAAGGCACCACCGUUAUCACACCCACACCUACAGGGCCCACCUCAGCAGCCACCAGUACCAGCACCUCCAGGACCACCACCACAGCAAGCACCACAACGUCCACAGCCACGUCUGCUCCAGCAGAAACCUCCACUGUGGCCACCCAGGCCCCAAUAUCACCCACUAAUCCCGUCACCCUCCCUCAGCAAAAAACAACCACCACCGCUGGCACCACGGUUCUCCCAAGUACCACUGCCCCAACAACACAAGGCACCACUGUCCUCAUGACCACUUCUGGGGCCACCACCACCACCAAGACCUCUCCCCCACCCAAACAAGGCACCACCGCAAUCACACCCACACCAAGAGUAGUCACCUCAGCAGCCACCACCACCGCAAGCACCACCAGCACCACAGGCAGCUGCCAGCCCCGCUGUGCCUGGACGCAGUGGUUUAACUUGGAUUCGCCGAGCCCUGGGAGCGAAAAUGGAGACAGAGAGACGUUUGAGAAAAUCCGCGGUGCUGGUUAUGCACUCUGCGACAAGCCAGAAGACAUCCAGUGCCGUGCUAAAAAUUACCCUCACAGGCAUCUGGACGACCUGGGACAGAAAUUGCAGUGCAGUCUUGACACUGGGCUUGUGUGCAGAAACAAGGAUCAGAUCAGAAAGUAUCCCAUGUGCUUUGACUACGAGGUCAAGGUGAAGUGCUGUGACCGUCAACACUGCCAGACAUCUUCAGCACCCACAAGCACUACUACAACCUCCGCCAGCACAGCCUCCACUGCAGAAACCUCCACCGUAGCAACCCAAACGACAGCACCAACUCACACCACCCUCCCACAGCGAGAGGGAACAAACACCGCUGGCACCACGGUUGUCCCAAGUACCACUGCCCCAACACCACAACAAGGCACGACUGUCAUCACUACCAAUACUGGGGCCAGCACCACCACAACAUCUCCCCCACCAAAACAAGGCACAACCAGCUUCAUACCCUCUCCAACAGGGCCCACCUCAGCAGCCACCAGUACCAGCACCUCCAGGACCACCACCACAGCAAGCACCACAACGUCCACAUCCACGUCUGCUCCAACAGAAACCUCCACUUUGGCCACACAGGCCCCAACAUCACCCACUACUCCCGUCACCCUCCCAAAGCGAGAGAGAACAACCACCGCUGGCACUACAGUUCUCCCAAGUACCACUGCCCCAACAACACAAGGCACGACCGUCAUCACGACCACUUCUGAAGCCACCACCACCACCACAACAUCUCCCUCUCCAACACAAGGCACGACCAUCAUCACAACCACUACUGGGGCCAGCACCACCAACACCUCUCCUCCGCCAAGACAAGGCACCACUGUUAUCACGCCCGCACCUACAGGGCCCACCUCAGCAGCCACCAGUACCAGCACCUCCAGGACCACCACCGCGGCAAGCACCACAACGUCCACAUCCACGUCUGCUCCAACAGAAACCUCCACUGUGGCCACACAGGCCCCAACAUCACCCACUGCUCCCGUCACCCUCCCAAAGCGAGAGAGAACAACCACCGCUGGCACUACAGUUCUCCCAAGUACCACUGCCCCAACAACACAAGGCACGACCGUCAUCAUGACCACUUCUGGGGCCAGCACCACCAAGACCUCUCCUCUGCCAAGACAAGGCACCACCGUUAUCACACCCACACCUACAGGGCCCACCUCAGCAGCCACCAGUACCAGCACCUCCAGGACCACCACCACAGCAAGCACCACAACGUCCACAGCCACUUCUGCUCCAGCAGAAACCUCCACUGUGGCCACCCAGGCCCCAAUAUCACCCACUAAUCCCGUCACCCUCCCUCAGCAAAAAACAACCACCACCGCUGGCACCACGGUUCUCCCAAGUACCACUGCCCCAACAACACAAGGCACCACUGUCCUCAUGACCACUUCUGGGGCCACCACCACCACCAAGACCUCUCCCCCACCCAAACAAGGCACCACCGCAAUCACACCCACACCAAGAGUAGUCACCUCAGCAGCCACCACCACCGCAAGCACCACCAGCACCACAGGCAGCUGCCAGCCCCGCUGUGCCUGGACGCAGUGGUUUAACUUGGAUUCGCCGAGCCCUGGGAGCGAAAAUGGAGACAGAGAGACGUUUGAGAAAAUCCGCGGUGCUGGUUAUGCACUCUGCGACAAGCCAGAAGACAUCCAGUGCCGUGCUAAAAAUUACCCUCACAGGCAUCUGGACGACCUGGGACAGAAAUUGCAGUGCAGUCUUGACACUGGGCUUGUGUGCAGAAACAAGGAUCAGAUCAGAAAGUAUCCCAUGUGCUUUGACUACGAGGUCAAGGUGAAGUGCUGUGACCGUCAACACUGCCAGACAUCUUCAGCACCCACAAGCACUACUACAACCUCCGCCAGCACAGCCUCCACUGCAGAAACCUCCACCGUAGCAACACAAACGACAGCACCAACUCACACCACCCACCCACAGCAAGAGGGAACAACCACCGCUAGCACCACGGUUGUCCCAAGUACCACUGCCCCAACACCACAACAAGGCACGACUGUCAUCACUACCAAUACUGGGGCCAGCACCACCACAACAUCUCCCCCACCAAAACAAGGCACAACCAGCUUCAUACCCUCUCCAACAGGGCCCACCUCAGCAGCCACCAGUACCAGCACCUCCAGGACCACCACCGCGGCAAGCACCACAACGUCCACAUCCACGUCUGCUCCAACAGAAACCUCCACUUUGGCCACACAGGCCCCAACAUCACCCACUACUCCCGUCACCCUCCCAAAGCGAGAGAGAACAACCACCGCUGGCACUACAGUUCUCCCAAGUACCACUGCCCCAACAACACAAGGCAUGACCGUCAUCACGACCACUUCUGAAGCCACCACCACCACCACAACAUCUCCCUCUCCAACACAAGGCACGACCAUCAUCACGACCACUACUGGGGCCAGCACCACCAACACCUCUCCUCCGCCAAGACAAGGCACCACUGUUAUCACGCCCACACCUACAGGGCCCACCUCAGCAGCCACCAGUACCAGCACCUCCAGGACCACCACCACAACGUCCACAUCCACGUCUGCUCCAACAGAAACCUCCACUGUGGCCACACAGGCCCCAACAUCACCCACUGCUCCCGUCACCCUCCCAAAGCGAGAGAGAACAACCACCGCUGGCACUACAGUUCUCCCAAGUACCACUGCCCCAACAACACAAGGCACGACCGUCAUCAUGACCACUUCUGGGGCCAGCACCACCAAGACCUCUCCUCUGCCAAGACAAGGCACCACCGUUAUCACACCCACACCUACAGGGCCCACCUCAGCAGCCACCAGUACCAGCACCUCCAGGACCACCACCACAGCAAGCACCACAACGUCCACAGCCACUUCUGCUCCAGCAGAAACCUCCACUGUGGCCACCCAGGCCCCAACAUCACCCACUACUCCUGCCACUCUCCCAAAGCGAGAGAGAACAACCACUGCUGGCAUCAAGGUUCUCCCAAGUACCACUGCCCCAACAACACAAGGCACCACUGUCAUCACGACCACUUCUGGGGCCACCACCACCACCACAACCUCUCCCUCUCCAACCCAAGGCACCACCGCCAUCACACCCACACCUACAGGGCCCACCUCAGCAGCCACCAGUACCAGCACCUCCAGGACCACCACCACUGAAAUCACCAAAACAUCCACAGCCACGUCUGCUCCAGCAGAAACCUCCACUGUGGCCACCCAGGCCCCAACAUCACCCACUACUCCCACCACCCUUCCCCAUUCAGGAAUGACUAGCAGUAUACGUGGUACCGUUAUUCUUCCGACAUCUGUUUCUUCCACUGGACAAACUACUGUUUUUCCCCCAGGUUUCACUACCACAAGCAGCCUAGGUAUGUCAUUGUCUACCUCUGGAAAAGUAACAAACAGCUAUUUCAGUAGAACAAAAUUGGCAUCGCUGUUUUCUGUGACUUCUUCCCCUAUCAGUCCUAUUUCUUCCAACACGUAAACUACUUUUUCAUUUAACUUUUCCUCUACUGCUACUGCCCAUGUUAGACAAGUGUGUGAGUGGACCCCACAGCUUGAUAUUAAUUAUCCUCAGUUUGAGGGACAUAGUGGCAACUCUGAAUCUUUUUAAAACUUUAGAGCUUAGUAUUGUAAGAUUUGCCAAAUCCCAGACAGUAUUCAUCAUAGAUCUAAAAUAUUUCCACAAUCUCCACUUAGCAGUAGUUCAAAAAAUUAAAUGCAACAAUAACGUUGGCCUGAUUUGCUGACAUGUUGCAUCAUCCUCUCCAAUACAUUAAAAAUAUGAGAUCAAAAUCCUGUGCUGCAAACUAAAGUAUGUCUUGUGUUCAACAGUGACUAUAACUGGUACAUCACAAUCAAGUCAUGUUACAACAAGUACUUCUCCAAUCUUCAGUUCUUCCCCCAGCAUACCUGUCACAACAGAAACAACAUAUGUUACAUCAAACAGAAUAACUCCAUGUUUUUGUCAUGUGUUUGGUAAUUUGUUUUCUCCUGGUAAGUGUCUUAUAUUAUGGUUA